UUUUUUUCCUCCUCUAAUGCAGAAUGAAUUCUUAAUGAUGCAUCUUUUUGUUUCUUCACAGCUUGAUCAUGUAUUAUCACCUCCUUCUAUGUCAUUUCGGAAAUCCAGCAAUCCAGAAGUAUCUUCUGGGUCUGGAAAGUCUUUUAAAUUUAAGAGAAAGCUGAGUGAAGAUGGCAAACAGCUUAGAAGAGGAAGUCUUGGAGGAGCCCUGACUGGAAGGUACCUGCUUACUGGGAUAUCUGGACAGCAGUUAUGGCAACCUGCAGAAACCUCCAAUCUUGUUCGGAUGCGCAGCCAAGCACUUGGACAGUCUGCUCCUUCACUAACUGCCAGUUUGGAAGGGCCGCCUCAGAAGAGCCAUUUCAGCUCAGCCCGGCACCGUCAAAGACUAGUGGAACCAGCAGCUACAAAAAAAGAACUGAGCCUUCCAAGAAGAGGAAGUUUGAAGAAGACCCUGAAAAAUUUGUCAUCAGUCUGCAGUUUGGAUGGGCAUGUGCAGGGAAGGAUGAUGGCGAGCUGUGUCUCAAUCGUUUCAAGUUCUGUCAGGGAUGAAGUUCAUAUGUGGUACUGAAGUAAAUUUACUGAAGCAAAUAAGAAUGAAUGCACAAUCUUGCUAUUUCAGGUACACAUGUACAUGUCUAACUGUAUCAAUGCCAG